GGCUGGCGGCGCCGAGCCCCCUGCGCGCGGCACAUGGGGCGCCUGACCGAGGCGGCGGCAGCGGGCGGCGGCGCUUCAGCUGCGAGCUCGGCGGGCCCCCCUCCCAAUCCCCUUCCCCUCUCGGCCACCUCCCCCGGCUGCGCGGCCACCAUGGCGUCCAGCGAGGAGGACGGCAGCAACGGCGGCUCCUCGGAGGCCGGCGAGGAGAGGGAGGCCACUGGCAAGAGAAGGCGCCUCGGUUUGGUGGCCACCGCCUGGCUCACCUUGUACAACAUCGCUAUGACCGCGGGGUGGUUGGUUCUCGCUAUUGCCAUGGUACGUUUUUAUAUGGAGAAAGGAACACACAAAGGUUUAUAUAAAAGUAUUCAGAAGACACUUAAAUUUUUCCAGACAUUUGCCUUGCUUGAGAUAGUCCACUGUUUAAUUGGAAUUGUACCUACUUCUGUGCUUGUGGCUGGGGUCCAAGUGAGUUCAAGAAUCUUUAUGGUGUGGCUCAUUACUCACAGUAUAAAACCAAUCCAGAAUGAGGAGAGUGUGGUGCUUUUUCUGGUUGCGUGGACUGUGACCGAGAUCACUCGCUAUUCCUUCUACACAUUCAGUCUUCUCGACCACUUGCCAUACUUCAUUAAAUGGGCCAGAUACAAUUUUUUUAUCAUCUUAUAUCCUGUCGGAGUUGCUGGUGAACUUCUCACAAUAUAUGCUGCCUUGCCAUAUGUGAAGAAAACGGGAAUGUUUUCAAUAAGACUUCCUAAUAAAUACAAUUUCUCUUUUGACUACUAUUAUUUUCUUCUUAUAACCAUGGCUUCAUAUAUACCAUUGUUCCCACAACUCUAUUUUCACAUGUUACGUCAAAGAAGAAAGGUGCUUCAUGGAGAGGUGAUUGUAGAAAAGGAUGAUUAAAUGAUCCCUACAAACAAGGUGCUUUUUCCAGAAUAACCAGGAUUACUUGAGUCCAAGUUUUAAUAACAAGAAUAAACAACUUCAUGAAAUA